AUGAUUCCCACUUCGUCUCCCAGGGCGACGCCUCUCAUACCAGAGGAAGACAUCCUCUCAAAGGUCCUCCUGCGCCAUUCAAAUGGCGCAUCUACACUCAUCGUUCCGUGGUGGCGACUCGAGAAGAGAAAAGAUGGGAUGCUAGUCCGACAUUACGCGGAUGCGAAAAGCGAGGUCCAGAGUUACCAGCAAGCACCGGCGCAAACGGUUGCAUGCGCAGAGUGGUAUGAUGCUGGGAUAUUGUACACGAGCUACUGUGGCGCGGAUGUGCUUGCUCGAGUAUCUGGACUCAUCCAGUUCUACAUGAACAGGUUCUUCAUUGAAAUCGACAAGGCGGUUGCUAAGAAGCAAGAAGAGUUCGAUGACGAACUUCUGCACCUCGUCAGGGUUGCAUUCUACAACAUACUGGUAAUGUCAUUAUGGACAUUGUUCUUUCCACUGCUCACAACUCACUUUCACUUCUUCGUCACGCCAGUCAUCUACGCAUUCUUGUACUUUGUGGCUCACGACCUCCUGGGCGCGAGCUGGAAAACUCUUUGGGCCACAAUUUGCACCAUAGCCUCGAAGGAUUCACCGCUCCAGCGGGAACUUACGCACUUGGAAAAAUGCCUAAACGAUGCUCGUGAGGACUGGAAUGUGAAGAAGAAUUCCAUGACCAAAACACAUGCGAAGUUGAUGGUAAUGGUCCAGCAAGGUAUGUACUGUGGGGAACUUUACGGAGAGAUGCAUUCUUUUGGGUUGCAGACCAGCGUCUGGCAAUAUCUGCCUCCGAGGCUGAGCCGGCUUUUGUUUGGGGAUGAAGAGACAGCGAGGUUUAUGGACUCGGUGGAUUUUGACUGGGGGGCUCUAUACAAUUGAGGAUUCAGCCGGCUGGUGGGAACCGCACUCAACAUAUGUGCAAUGAUUUUAAAGGGUCAUAACUGGCAUAACGUACAUUAUAAGCGAGCG